AUGUGUGACAUGUCGUUCAAGCGAAAGACCCCUCAAGGUACUCAACCAACAUCGCAGCUUUUCUCCACUGGAAUUCCUUCACUCGAUGACAUACUAGGAGGAGGACUUCCUGCUUCUUGUCUGCUUGCUAUUACUGCCCCCGAUCUCCAUACAGACUAUGGGGAAUUGGUGCAAAAAUAUUUUGUUGCGCAGGCUAUUGCUUCUCGCCAACGAAUAUGCGUGGUUGGCGAUCUAGACUGGGUAAACAGCUGCAUGUGGCUACUAUCGACCACCCCCAACGACAACGACGAGGAGUCACGUUCAAGCGAAGACAAAAUCAAGAUUGCAUGGCGCUAUGAACCGAUGAAACAAUUCCAAACGACUGUCGCGUCCGAUAACUGCCACCCGUUCGACCUUUCGGUCCGGAUACCGUCCACAGUCGUUUCGGAGGCGGUCUCUAGAGGUUUCCUAAUCAUCAUACCGAUUGAUACGCCCUCUCAAUUGCUUCACUCCUUGCACCAACUUCUCGAAUCUAAUCGCGAACCACUGCGGAUAUGUAUUCCAUCGUUGGCAUCUCCCGAGUUUGGAGAUCCUAACAGCCAAGAUUUGUUGCGCUUCUUACAUGGACUUCGCAGUCUACUGCGACAAUACCCACACGCGUGUGCCUCGACAAAUCUAGUGGCAGAAGCGUCGAUGGACGCUUCCGGUUGGAACCAAAAGCUUGGUUGGGUUUCCGACUCUUUGAUAACGUUGUCUGCAUUUGCAGCUGAUCCUGCUUUGGCGGCUGCGUUUCCGGCCCUCCACGGAUUGGUACAAAUCCACUCUUUACCUUCCCCGAAGAGUCUCGUUUCAGCUAGUGACCGCUUUUCUACACUUCGAGGAGCUGCUGCUGGGGGAGAGAACAAUCUUGGAUUCAAAUGCACACGGAAAAGGUUAAUAAUCGAGACCCUGCAUCUAGACGUAGAGGGUGGAGUGUCUGAGCGUCGGACGACUGCCCCGGCUGUGUCCAAGAUGGGAGCGGCAGUUACAAUUGAAGUGGAAGACUCCACAAUACCCGUUAAGAAAGGAAGGAAGAAAGUUGGGUUCCAGAGCGAUCGCCCUGAGCUGUACGACUUUUGA